AUGACUGACUUACCUGUAAGCAUUGAAGCUGAGAAGGGCGAGAAUUCUGAGCUAGCGGCUACAGUGAAGCGACUUUCAGAAGAAAAUGAGGCGCUUUCUCUUGCGGUACACAGGACACGUCUUUCUGUUAAAAGACUGAGGUUAGAGUACGGAGUGUUACUCGAGAGACUAGAGUCGCGGGUUCAUGCUGACCAAAGCCUCAAGUAUGAGUCUCCAUUACCAAACUUGGAGUCGUUUAAGAAGUCGUUGCUAGAGUCCAUGCCAGCUAGGACACGCAAAAAAAAGGGUAAGAGUAAAGAUAAAAGAGAUCCAAAUCUACCAAAGAGGCCAACGAACGCUUAUAUUCUCUUUUGUGAAAUGAACAAAGACAAAGUGAAGGAGAUGAAUGAGAAUGCAGAUAUGACACGGCUGAUGGCCGAAAUAUGGAACGGGCUGGAUGAAGAAGCCAAGAAGCCAUAUUAUGAUUUGUAUAACGAGGGAAGACAGAAAUAUGAACAAGAAAUGUCAACCUACUCUAAGAAGAAGGCUACACAGGAAACAGAGAAUAGCGAAUCUAGUAAUACUAAUGAGAACGAGAACGAGAACGAGAACGAGAACGAAAAUGAGAACGAGAACGAGAAUGAUCAAGAGAAUGAGAAUGAGAAUGAGAACGAUCAAGAGAAUGAUCAAGAGAACGAUCAAGAGAACGAUCAAGAUAAUGACAACGACGGAAUGGAUAUAGACUCGGAUGUCACUCAGCAAGAACUCGAUAUUGCUACAGAUCAAUUAGAUGAAGGUAUGGAGAGUGAAACAAACAGUGAAGCUUAG